GGACAAGGAAAAGGUACCCAGGAGCAGUCAGGCUGUGAUGGAGAGGAGGUCACCAUGGACAUAACCUACCUGCGCACAUCCCUGACCUUGCUUUUUCUCCCUCUUGUUGUGUUUGGGGCACCCACUGAUGAACCCAACCUCACAGAACCAGGCCCUGGUGCUUGCAGGCGCUGUUGUGACUCACUGGACUCUUCCACAGACAGCCCACCAGUCCCUCCCAGCCACCACCACUUUCCCUACCCAGUGCCAGAGGUCCGUCCCUAUAUCAACAUCACCAUUCUGAAGGGAGAGAAAGGAGACCGGGGAGAGCCUGGGAUGCCAGGGAAAUGGGGCAAAGAGGGACCACGAGGCGAGCGGGGUGCCCAGGGCCAGAAAGGCAGUAAAGGACAGAUGGGCACAGCAGGAGACCCCUGCAAGCACCAGUAUGCUGCAUUCUCUGUCGGUCGCAAGAAAGCUCUGCACAGCAGCGAGGGCUUCCAGGUCUUGAUCUUUGACACCGUCUUCGUCAACCUCUACAGCCACUUCGACAUGUUCAAUGGCAAGUUCUACUGCUCAGUGGGCGGACUUUACUAUUUCAGCCUCAAUGUCCACACCUGGAACUUCAAGGAGACCUACAUGCACAUCAUGCACAACGAAGAAGAGGCAGUCAUCCUGUAUGCCCAGCCCAGCGACCGCAGCAUCAUGCAGAGCCAGAGCCUCAUGCUGGAGCUCCAGGAAAAUGAUGAGAUCUGGGUGAGGCUCUACAAGCGGGAGCGGGAGAAUGCCAUUUACAGUGAUGAUGUCGAUGUGUACAUCACCUUCAGUGGGUACUUGGUCAAGCCCAGCAUUGAAUAA